AAUGUUAUAACAAUAACUGUACUGGAUACAUUAGGGGGGAGUGAAUGAGCAGCUUUCGUAUAUUUUCUUCAGACAGAAUGUUUGUGAAUUAGAGACAAUAAUGAUCUUCAGAGCCUUCAUCGUUUUCCUCUUGGUUGCACCUAGAAAUGUCGCCUCCUUGUCGUGUUACAACUGCACUGACAUUGAUAGCUUGGAUAGCUGUCAAACAGUUAUAGAUUGCGAAAAAGAAGAGUCCUGCUUCACGCGAUCCCAAACAACUGGACGACAUCUGACAUAUACUAUGGGAUGUACAGACAAUGAGAAAUGUGGUAGCAUACCCGUGUAUGAUACUAUGUCUAUGGAAAUGAGCAACGAAAAAUGCUAUGAAUGCUGUGGAAGUGAGAAGUGUAACAACCGGUUGUGUAAACACAAAACACCACCACCCUGCGAAGACACUGAUGAGAACUGUUCCUACUGGAACCAGAAGUUUGAUAUAUGUAAGGACAUUCAUGAUGCGAAGAUGAUCUGCCGAAAAUUUUGUAAACUAUGCUCAUUAGUUGAUGGAAACUGGGCUUCCUGGUCUUCCUGGUCAUCGUGUGAUGUGACGUGUGGUCAUGGGAUACAUACACGAAUAAGAACAUGUACCAACCCAGCGCCAGCGUACCGGGGACUGGAUUGUAAUGGAAACAAUACUGAUACUAAACCUUGUGUUAGGCCUUUGUGCCCAGUACAUGGCUGUUGGUCCGAGUGGUCAAAUUGGGGAACGUGUCCAGUUACGUGUGGUACAGGGAUACAGAAAAGGCACCGCACAUGUACGAAUCCAUCCCCAUUAAGGUAUGGCGAUCACUGUUUCGGGGACGCAACAGACGUACAAUUAUGUAUGCAAGGAUCAUGUAAAGCGACUGACGGGAAAUGGACCAAUUGGGGCGGCUGGGAUAGUUGCAGUGCAUCUUGCAACGGGGGCAUCCGUAAACGCUCAAGGUCGUGUACAAAUCCUAGUCCCGAUGAACAUGGGAAAUACUGUGACGGCGAUCCAUUCCAUGUGGAAAUGUGUAAUAAGCAAUCAUGUAAGACUUCAAAUUCAAGCGUCGCAUUCAACGCCUACUACGUUACAGACACGGCGCCAGCAGCUGGGAAGACUAUGGUCUUUUCGAAAGUACUCGUCAACCAAGGAGGAUAUUACAACUGCUCUUCUGGAAUAUUUGUAGCUCCAAGAAAUGGGACGUACAUAUUCAAUGCCAAGAUGUGUGUUCAAAAUAGGCAUUCUGCUUACUUCAAUAUAAUGGUUGAUGGUGUAUCUUAUGCAUCUGCGUACGCAUAUGACCAGGACAGUGGAGACUGUCCUUUUACACAAGCUGUCGCAGAGCUGGAAACAAAUCAACAGGUUUUUGUUAAAUGGGGCAGUUGGUCAAGAAUCCUAUAUCAGACUUCUCCCUACUACGAGAACAUGUUUUCGGGGUAUUUGGUUCAUGAGUAAGCAAUUUGUGUUUACAAUGAAACUCGUCGUUUCAAAAAUUAAUGUUGAACAUUUCAAUUCAGGCAAAUUAACUUUUCAUGUAUGCAAAAGAACUGAGUAGUUUAACUAUAAAACAGAAUUCUACAAGUGACGUCUCGCGGCAAGACAGUCUCUUUGUACUUGAAUGUUGUUAAUAUAUUGCCUUAUCCCUUAUGUUUUAGAAUAAGCCGUCGUCUAAGUGGUGUAAUUAUGGGUGAUGCACGAUUCAUUACCUAUAACACAAAGUCUGCUGCUGUUUUGCCUGGUUUCACUGUAUUCUUCCAAAUGACUUUUCUGUUUAUCCUUUAAAACGACCAUUCAGAAAAGAAACUAAAUUUGCAACAAGAGUGAGAUGAAUCAAGAUUUGAUAUAUUAUGUAAAUAUUUUUUCGCUAUUAUAUCUCUACAACUGUCUGAAAUAGGAAAUUAUACGCGCCUUAUUCGAACGGAAGUUUUCGAUUGUGGCUCUAGUUACUAGGCCAUUUCUUAUCACAUUUUUGUACUAUAUGUUUAAAGUUUAGUUUCAAAAUUUCUUCAUUAAUCAACAGCUGAAAAUCAGGCAUGAAUUUUAAAACAAGUUAAGCAUUACAUUUUUUACGGAAAUAACAAAAUGUUUCUGAUCAAUCUGGAAGGAAAUGUGUUAAGAACGAUUUACAUUUUCAGACAUGUUCAGGCCCUGUGCAUACGAACACAGAAAUGUUGUCUUUGUAAUAAGUAUGUAAUAUUUUUGUCCAAAAGCAUAGUUACGCAGAGUUACAUCAUGGCUGUUCAAAGGAUAUUUUCUAUUGCAUUUAAUUUCGUCUAAACUGAAAUAUUAGUCCGCCACGUGACAUAUAUUUAGUUUAGAUUCGAACAAAUCUUCUUUAUAUACUGAUACAAUCUGUCAACACAAUUAGAAAGAAAUGAAGCAUCAAUACAAUAACAUUACAUUAAGAGUUUAUAUUUUAGUGUGUCUGUAGAUUUCUUUAAUGUUAGAGUUGAAUUUCAAGGUACAUGUUGCCUCACCUGUUUUCAAACUAGAUAAACAUUUUCUGACUAUAGAGGUCAAGUUGAGAGUGUCUGUUCUGUGCUUAUGCACAUGCAUAGUCUUGAUACUGUUGAGUCGAGCGUCAUAGAGCUUCGGAAUUAUGUUGUUGUUUUUUUUCUUCGUAGUGCAGAAAAUGUCCUUUCACUGGUAGCAUUUGUUGCCGGAAAUACGGAAAUAUAAAAGUUUUACGAGCGAUUACUAUUCAAAAUCGUAACAAUUACUGUUAUUUAAAACUAAGCAUUUUGUUGUAAAUUUCAUUCUUGAUUCUGAUUUACAUUUUAUGAUUUAUCGUUUUACAUGUCACUGUAAACACUUUAAAAUUAAUGUAUACUUUCUAUUAUAACUCGUAAUGCAGGUUAAGGAUAAAUGAAUACACGCUUAUAUUUGAAUAUCAGAGGCUGUUUUGUUUUUAGUGCUUUUUAAACCGUUCGUUUAAUAGAGCAUGCAAUCCUUUGGAUGUACUAAAAAGCUAGUUUAAAUGAAUGAACAGAAUUUGGUUUAUUUUAACUAUAACAAGUUAAUGAUGCAUUAUAUACUAUACCUUAUUUCAAGUAAUUUGUAUCACAAUAAUAUAUUAAAAACAGAACUAGCUUCCGUAAUAUAGUAUUAGGCAAAUGUUUUGUUUUUGUUAUACAUAUAUAUACAUUUUUAACACAUAUACACAUACAUAAAACUAAGAUAUGAUACAAACAUCAUCAAUCAUUUCCUUCAAUUCAGCUGGAUAAAGGUACGCUAUUUGUUUCAGUAGUGUUUAUAUUUUUUCUUGAUUUUGUUACAAAUAGUCUUCUUCUAUAAAGAAAAUAUCGAGUAAUAUUUGUAAUUUAUUAAACUUUGCCGUUUAUCUUUUUUUCCUGUCACCAUACAAGCUGCCGUUUUUGGAUUUAUUGCCAUUCUAUUUAGUUUGCACCAUUUAUUCACAUUUUGUUUAUCAGCUUCAUAUUGAAGAUUAUGCUCAAUCAUGUUGUCAUGUCCAUCUAUACAUAUAUCAGACGUUUAUAAUAAAAUGAAUAUCAUUUUAAUUAAAUUUAGUUCAAUUAUAAGCUGUAUGCAGUCGUUUCAGAGUUUGUAUAACGAAAAAAAUACAUUUUCAUAAUAUCAUUCUGUUAGCAGUAUAUUAUUAUGUUUCUUGUCCAUCGGUUUGGCUGAAUGGUUGGAAAAAAGAGUUUAAAAAUCCAUUUUAUCUACUUAUUGAAGUGUCAUCUAGAAUACUUACAUAUUGAUAAUGAAAACGUAUCUAUUAUUUCCAGUUUGACCUUUAAAAUGAAGAAAAAGGGCAAAACAUUAUUUUAUGUUAUAAUAUGAUUAUUAUACAUGUAUUACCAUAACCUUUUUAUCGGUUUAUUAACUCCUAAUUAAGAUAUUCUGCAAUUAGGUUCAUUUUUUAUCUACAAAGUAGAAAUUGACUGAACCCUGUUUGACUUUUUUUGUUUUGGAAAGAGAAAUUCAGAACAUUCGGCAAAUAAAACGAAAACAGGGUCGUGUGCUUAAGUUUUCUUUUUAGACUAAUUUGAAACACGUGGAUUUGACUCUUGGUUUCAUAUCGGGCGUCUAAAUCUAAAUCGCAAUGUUCGUAAUCUUUUUCUACUGUGUUGAUUUUAUAGGAACUUCUCACUGUCAAAGAUACAGGUCAGUUCGCACUGUAUUGAGGUAUUUGCCAUUUUUUAAAGAUAUCUGCAUUAAAGAUAUUUAUUGGAAUUACUUAACACAUUAGAUAUUGUCAUAUUAUAUUUCAUCUUUUGAAAAAUAUUAACCCCGCCGUAUUAAUGAAACUACUCACGGAUUGCACUAAUUCACAAAACGAUUUUCAUUUCCAUAUUCAGAGUUAAGGCAUUAUUCUACGUUUUCCUAGUGAAUAUGUCGCUACGCCAUUCAAACGUUACAGAAUUAACUUAAAUAGUACUGUACUGCAUACUAUGGACACAAUGUUUUUGCUUUAAUGUAUCUGGUUUGUAAAUGUUAACAUAAAAAUAGUUCUUAUUGUUCUGAGAAAUAAACAGAUACGUUGUGUAAUGUGUCUUUAACAUUUUACUUUUACUUGUUUGAAACGCUCUGUUAUAUUUUUCUGUACAAACGCAUAUUGAUUUAUGGGCAAGUUUGUCAAAUUGCAAUGUCUCAGACGCUUUGAGUCCGCUAAAUGAUUAAAGCAUGUAAAGUACGAUUUAAUCUACAAAUGCUACAAUCGUGAAAAAUAAUAGAGUGUUUGCCAGUGGUUAAGAAAUGGCCUGUAUUCUUUUCAAUACUUUAGGUCAGAUCCAAAGUGACCUUGAUUCUGAAAACGGAUUCAGUUCAAUGAAAAUCGAACAGAUUGGUUUACAGCUUUCAAAUUUUUUCAUUGAUCGCUAGAAAGACGAUGCCUUCCGCUCAUCAAUUUAAGCAUGUUUGGAUUAUCACCCUAAACACGUUUUACUAAUGUGUCAAGAUCAAGGUCACAGAGACCUUUAGCUUCUAUUGUAUUUAAACUGAAUUGCAACCUGAAGCAUUUUUGUGCAUAUUGCAGAGUCAAGUAAUUUGUUGGGUUAUAACGCCCAAUGAGUGAAUUUAAUCAAACUCGGAUUCCAUCACUGAUAUGUCAUUUGUGAUGGAUACAAGUGUUUUAUAGUGUCUAAUGAUUAAUCGUUUUACAAUGUUUUAGAAUACGCAGUUAUAUUUUUGUUUUAUACUAGAAAUGGACAAUUAGAUAAUUAAAUCAGCAGCUCGCUUAUCAAUAACAGACAAUUAUCACGAAAAGAAGUGUUGCUUAUAAAUGAUACUACAUGUGCCAGUAUGAUUAUCUCUCUAACAGAGAUUAAAGAAAAUCAUUUUCAUCCAAAAGAAAUGUCCAGAAAAAAAAGAAUUAAUAUGUCUUUACAGUGCGUUUUAAGCUUUAGAAAACAAGGUGUCAACCAAACCAACUACAAUUAAUAUUUAGCUUACAUAGAGUACAUUUUUUGAUAAAUUGCUUUAAAUCUUCUUAGAAUUCUAACUUAAUUUUGUUAAUUUAUUUUCAGAAUGUUUGUUUAUCUAGAAACACAUUUGCUUACAUUUAACAUAUUUUAUGGAAAUAAAUAUUUUAAAAAGUACAA